CGUCAAUGUCCAUCUUUUGCACAUUUCCUGAUAAUAUUUUGCUGUUGAGGACCAUGACGCAUUUCCAUAUUUGACAUACUGCGACCUACUACAUUAUAUAUGUAUUUUUUUUAAAUCCAAGACAGUAUGUGGCGUGUAUAUGUGUUUUAAAUAGGGCGCCUGCUUGCGCGGUGUAGCCUCCACAUCCACACACAGGAGGAGGAGGAUGAGUGCAUUGGGCGAAAGGACAACGACCACAGCGCUGGAGACGCGGGGAUGCUGAACUCACCACACAGAUUAAACCCGUUACAAGACGAACUAUGUGGAUGUCGCUUUGGAUGGCGGAGGAAAACGGCUUCAGCUCCGGUUGAAUUUUCGGGAUGAAAAUGAAGCCUGUGGGGAAGCAUCAUCUCGAGCUGGAAUGCUAUUAGCGAGCGCCAAGGCGUUAUGAAGCCAGUGCUGCGUACCUCAACAUGACACUGCCGCCUGUCACGGGAUUUUACAUUAGACUACCAUAAAAGCGAAAUAUAGACUAACAGUCUGGCAGUGCCCAUGUAUUUAUUUAAUUCUACAACAGUGCGAUGGGAAUAUACGGCUGAGGCUUAGGCUAGCGUUUAUGGAAAACCCGAAGACAUGACAUGCACACGAAAAAAAAGGAAACGACAUUUUUUGCUUUUUAAAUCCCGUGUUUACAUAAGCUAACGAGCCGCUGGCUAAACAACGGGGCUGGCUGUUCGACACGAAACAGGUUUUUCGUUAUUUUCCCCCAGACGUAAUCAUUUUGUUUAUUAAUUCGUUUUUCCCCAUGCAUCUUAAAAUUUUCCGGUUCUGUUACUGGUAAACGAGUUGACAGUCGAUGCUGGAUGGCAGAUUUGGAUUCACGUUUGAUUCUCGGAGCAAGGUGUGCCGUUUGGAAAAGAACAAUUUUUGCAUCUUUUGUGUGUUUUUUGUUUUUCUUGACAACUGCAACAAGCUCCCGUUCAGGCCUGCUGUCCAAGCCAAAGCCAUUGUGUUGAGGACAAACUGGAGAUUUCCAGGUGUUGUGGGUAGUCAGGAGGAGAGACAUUUUUGAAAGGGAGCACCAAAGAGAACUGCAAAAUGAGGCAAUGCAGAACCAGCUUCUCCUGUUCCUUGUGAGACAACAAAUAGAGGCCACCACGUGGACGAAAGACAGCCUAACCGGAGGAGGUGGAGGAGGAGGAGGAGGUGGAGGAGGUGACAGUAAAGGAGGUGUUGGUUCUAAAGGAGUGGACAACGCUCUACAAUCAGAGCAGCAAGAGGUAUGGCCAACGGAAACGAUAGUGGUGAUGGGUCCCACAACCCACUGGCAGCAGUUGUGGCUACUACAGGUGGCACAGUGAAUGGCGAGCCUUCCUCAGCUGUGUCUACCUACAUCAAGCUUGUCCUGCUAGGGUUGAUCAUAUGCAUCAGCCUUGUGGGCAACCUGGUGGUAUCUUUGCUAGUCUUAAAGGACAGAACCCUACACAAGGCCCCAUACUAUUUCUUGUUGGAUCUUUGCUUGGCUGACACAAUUCGGUCAGCAGUCUGCUUCCCCUUUGUACUGGUAUCCAUCAAGAAUGGCUCAACCUGGACUUACAGCGUACUCAGCUGCAAGGUGGUGGCUUUUAUGGCUGUAUUGUUCUGCUUCCAUGCAGCCUUUAUGCUGUUCUGCAUUAGUGUGACCCGGUACAUGGCCAUUGCCCACCAUCGGUUCUACUCUAAGCGCAUGACCUUCUGGACAUGUGUUGCCGUUGUGUGUAUGGUCUGGACACUGUCAGUUGCUAUGGCCUUUCCACCUGUAUUUGAUGUGGGUACCUAUAAGUUCAUCCGUGAAGAAGAUCAGUGCAUUUUUGAGCACCGUUACUUUAAGGCCAAUGACACACUGGGAUUCAUGCUUAUGCUGGCUGUGCUUAUCCUAGCCACUCACGUGGUCUACAUGAAGCUCUUGCUCUUCGAGUACAAGCACCGCAAGAUGAAGCCCGUCCAGAUGGUACCCGCCAUCAGCCAAAACUGGACCUUUCAUGGGCCUGGAGCCACUGGCCAGGCAGCAGCCAAUUGGAUUGCAGGUUUCGGCCGAGGCCCAAUGCCACCUACCCUGUUGGGUAUCAGGCAGAACUUGCACAACCAGAACCGACGGCUUCUAGGCAUGGAGGAGUUCAAGGCAGAGAAGCAGCUUGGCAGGAUGUUUUACGUAAUCACCCUGUUUUUUCUGGUGCUUUGGUCACCAUAUAUUGUGGCCUGUUACUGGCGGGUUUUUGUGAAAGCAUGUACCAUCCCACACCGGUACCUCUCCACUACGGUGUGGAUGAGUUUUGCCCAAGCAGGGGUAAACCCCAUUAUCUGCUUUUUCCUUAACAAGGACCUCAAAAAGGGUCUGCUGGCCCACUUGCCUCCCUGUUGUAGAACUAAACCUCAACUACCCCGUGAGCCUUACUGUGUCAUGUAAAGACAAGUGUUUAUUUAUUUCUGUUUUCAAUUUUGUUUAUUUAUCUUUGGGUGGGUCUCAAUUGGACAGUACAUAUGGUUUAAAAGUUGUUUGAAGACGGAGGCAUCUUUUGUUGUAAGGUUAGGAAGGUCAUGGGGAAAAACUUCUGCUAUCAUCGAAAUGUCUUCUUUUUUUUUGCUGUGAAGGAAAAGGGUUCAGGGCUAAAAUGCGAGGCACUAAAUCAAAUACAAUUAUGUUUUGAGGAAAUCGUGCUAUUUACUAUAGCCUUUGACGAUGCUAUCAUUCUACAGACAAAAACUGUUUUCAUAACAAACCAGUUGUUGGUAAUGAGUGUAUAAGUGUACUGUCAGAAAUGCGAAUGAUCUGUGAAAAUAAUUAAACAUGACAUUAACAUUACUUCACCAAUUCAGUGAUCAUGUACCUUUAGGCUUUAAAGCUUAACUUGGGCACAGCCAUUUCUAUUUAAAAUUAUAACUGCUUAUAUUACAGUGCAAAAAGUGCAUAUACUAUAGUAAAAAAAAAAACAAGCAUGUAUUAAAUUUUAAAGUGCCAAGGGCCAAAAAACUCUUGAGAGUUGAAAUGCAAAUUUAGUGUGGUGCAAAUUUUGAACAUGACAGGUUUAAAUAUUUCCUGUUCACACUUCUUCUGGAGGUUUGACAUAUGGAACAGAAUGAUACUAUACCUGAGAACAAGUUAGAGAUUAAUCUUUGAAGUUUUAUCCAAUAGACUGUAAUCACAUUUGCACUUGCUCUCAUUUUUCAUGAUUUACCAUACCAUUUUUAUAAAUUACUUUCCACUGUUGAAAGUUGCUUAAGGGUGAAAAUGAGUUCCCAUAUGCUGUGGCUGCUCACGCCGUGAGUCAUAAGAUGAUAUAAAAACAGAAACCUUAAAACUGCAAAGUCUAUUUAACACUACUCACCAUUUUUUGAAAGCAUUUAAAAAUGUUGUCUGCUUUUGAUGUUCUCGAAAAAAAGUCCCCUAAUUUUAAUGAAUGUACUAAAAGUACUGAAAACUGACAUGUUACUGAAUUGAACUGUCUUUUUACCUAAGCCUUUAUGAUGUUUAUGAGUACAAAAUGGCAAUGUACUUAAAUCCAAUUUAAUGUCAUAUCACUGAGUGCAUAACAGUUUUAUUCAAUUUAUUAUUAAAUUCUGCAAUGUUCUAUUAUAAGACAAUAGAAGUGACACCCAAGAAGUUGACAAGUUAGCAAAUAUUCAGCAUAAAAAAUAUGUGUAAUUAACAUGCACUGCAAAAUAGGAAACAGAUGUAUUCAAAUGAUAUUUAUGUGAACAGCAACAUUUUAAUGAAAAAAAAAAUCUGAUUUUAUAUCGUUCCUUAUAUUAAAUAAGGUUUCAAAACUAGUCUAUGUAUUUGGAAAGUUCAGAAAGAUUUUUCAAUGAAUUGGCUUAAUAAUAAUAUUUUGUAUACAACUUUAGAAAGUGUUGAUCAGUGAAAUGGUUUAUUUAUUUAUUUUUUUGUGGGGAGUUCAUGUGGUGGAAUGCUGAUUGGUGGAAUGAUGUAGACAGACAUGGUGAUUGUAAUAUUAAGCUGAAUGUUACUAAGGGCAGAACAAUUGACUUCAAUGAGGUAGUCAGGUUCGGCUUGGGAUUGUCUAAUUCCUUCCUGCUUCAAAUUUUUUUGAAAGAUCAAAUAAAAAAAAUACAGAAUAUCAGAAAAAUGAAUGACAUAUACAGGACUGUGCAGGACUGUCUUGAUCCACCCAGAAUUUCUUCAUAUUUUUGCUUCCAGCGAGCCAGACUUUCUUAAUUUUUUAAUGUAGUAUUGAGGUAUAGUUUGUUUGUUUUUUUCAGCCAACUUAAGGCAUGACCCAGUGAAAAACAGAGGCAGAUGAUCAGGCAGUUGAUCAGUAAACUGGUGAUGCCGAAUGCUGAGUGGUUGAAACAGAAGAGAGGGGAAAUGAGGUUGCUGCUGAGGUUGUUAAAAUGAACAACACAUUUUUUAUUUGUAUCCUUAAGCACUUUGCAGCUUGUUAUAGUAAAAUAUUUUUUCUUGUUCCUUUAGUUUAAUCUACAUAAUUUAAUUUAACAUGAAGAAAGGUUGGGUGGCUCAAGACUAUGGCACACUGCUGUACACCAAGAGCUAAAUCCACCUACCCACAAAUACUUAAGUGGGGAGAUUUUUUUAUUGUUAUUUGCAUCUAUUGCCUUAGCCUAUUAUGAUGGUUUAAUAUGACUGAUAUAAGGAAGAUCUGACAGCUCUAUGCCUCUAAAGACUUUUUGGAAGGGUGGGGGGAAUGCAGGGGCAAAAAAAAAAAAAACAACAACACUGUGUCUUUGAUGACUAUUGAAGGACAUUCUUCACUCCCCG